CGAGGAACGGGGGACGAGGCAGUCCCAGCUGUGAAAUAAAGCAGUUGACUGCCAGCAACAGGUUCGAGCACAGAGGAAGGAUAAAGGUCGGGACACACGAAGCACAACUCAGGGGAAAGGGAAAGCUUUUUCGUUGUCCCAUUAACCCACAAUCAAAAUGAACACAUCAUGCGCCCGCUGUGGAUUCGGGGUUUAUCCCGCAGAGAAGUUAGUUUGCUUGGAUCAGACAUGGCACAAGUCUUGCUUUCAUUGUGAGGUCUGCAAAAUGAUCCUGACAGUAAAUAAUUUUAUCAGCCAUGAGAAGAAGCCUUAUUGCCAUGCGCACAACCCCAAACUGAACAAGUUCACGAGUAUACUUGACACUCCGUUGAACAUGAACGUGAAGAAACAAAGUGAGUCAAGUGAGAUUAAGUAUCGUGAAGAUGCCGAAAAAUACAAAUCAGUUUUUCAGUGGGAUAUAAGAUCGAAGCAACUAGAGCAUGCCUGUACUGUUGGACGACUCGCCAGUAAGGUGCAAUACACUAAAGAAUGGGAUGAAACAAAGGAGUCCUAUCACCUCCCACCAGGCAUUCUCCAAGCCCAGAAAAAUAUGAAUCUUAUCAGUGAGAAUGCUUAUCAGUCUACUUAUGGAGGAGAUAACAGUUGGUAUUCUACUAGUCUUAUGAGCCCAGAGGUUGUACAAGUUGCCCAGAAGCAAAAAGCUAUCAGUGACUUUCAACAUAGGGAUGAGAAGGACAUUGAAGAAAAAUGGAGCCAAGCAGCAGGUGCUGAAUUAGCCAUGAGGAGAGAGAAUUCAGUAAAGUACACCCAGCCUGAGUUUUCUGCAGAUUUUGAGGAUGGUAGGGGGAAAGGAAGUUUCCCUGCAAUGAUCACACCAGCGUACAACAACGCUAAGAGAGCCAACGAUCUUGCAAGUGAUAUAAAAUAUAAGAAAGACUAUACAAUGAUGAAAGGAUCAGCCCAAUACCACACAAUGACAGCUGAUGAGAACUUAACCAUGAAGCGGGCCCAGGAAGUUAACAAGCUUGUUAGUGAGAUAGGGUACAAAAAGGACCUAGACAAAUCGAAAGGUUACAGCAUUAACUACUGCGAAACACCUCAGUUCAAGAAUAUUGCAAAAUUAUCAAAAUUUACAAGCAACCUCAAAUACAAAGAAAACUACCAAAAUCAAGUGAAAGGUCACUACGAAGGUGUCGGCAUGGAUAGGCACACAAUACAUUGUAUGAAAGCUGGAAGUUUGGCAAGUGAUAGAAAGUACAAAGGUGACUUGGAAGGGGACAAAAUGCUUUGUUUUUAUCCAGCUGACGUCACACCCUCCUAUGAAACACUGAAGAAAUUGGUCCCGUUAAAAGAUAUGUACUACAGGCAACAUGUGGAUAAACUAAAAUAUACAUCAGUAACGGACACUCCUGAGUUAGUUCGAGCAAAAAACAAUGCGCAGCAGAUAAGUAAUUUGAAUUAUCGAGCGCAGUAUGAAAAGACCAAAAGCCAGUACACAUUGCCUCUUGAAGUGCCGCAGUUAGUUAAGGCCAAGGCUAAUGCUGAUCUCUAUAGUGAUAUCAAAUACAGGGAGCUCUGGGAAAAGAAUAAGGGUAAAGGGUUUCACGUGAACCUGGAUUCGAUAGCUCUCUUAGCUGCUAAAACCUCUGGGAAUUUGGCAAGUGAUAUAAAAUACAAAGAAGAAUAUGAAAAAAGCAAGGGCAAAGCAAUGAGAAGCAAAGUGUAUGAUUUGAAGACUCUGCAUUCUCUGCGGGUUUCCAAGAUGAGCAGUGAGGUCGAGUAUAAGAAGAACUUUGUCGAGACAAGUGAUAAGUUCCAUCUACCACUGGACAUGUUGAAUCUGAAGCAUGCCAAGAAAGCCCAGGCUUUGGCUAGUGAUUUGGAGUAUAGGAAGAGGCUCCAUGACUACACACUACUGCCUGAAGACAUGAAGCUGAAAUGGGCAAAGAAAGCAUAUGGGCUGCAGUGUGAGAAUAAGUACAGAGCUGAUCUGACCUGGAUGAAAGGAGUGGGAUGGGAGGCGAAUAAAAGUCUGGAUGUGGAGCAGGCGAAGAGAGCUGGGGAUAUUCUGAGUGAGAAAAAAUACCGACAGAGAGUUGAUGCGUUAAAAUUCACAAGUGUGGCAGACACUCCACAGAUUAUUCAUGCCAAGAGGAGCCAAGAUUUGCAAAGUGAACUAAUGUACAAAGCAGCGGGUGAACAGAGUCUUCAUCAAUACAGCAUCUGCAAAGAUGAGCCAUUGUUCAUGCAAGCCAAGGCAAAUGCUCAAUACUUAAGUGAUAAAAUCUACAAGAGUCACUGGGAGGCAGAGAAAAGCAAAAGCUUUGAACUGCGCUUGGAUGCUAUAGCCAUUCUGGAAGCGAAGGCAAAAAGAGAUCUUGCGAGUGAUCUGAAGUACAGGGAGGCAUAUGAGAAAUUAAAGGGCAAGUUGAUUGGAGUGAAGGAGGCAGCAGGCGAUUCUCAGCUGGCCCAUUCUAUCCAAGCCUCCAGGCUGCAGAGCGAUCUGGAGUACAGAAAGCAAGCGGAGGCAACCAAGACCAAUAUCCAUCUCACAAUGGAUAUGAUGGAACUGGUGCAUGCAAAAAGGGCGCAGAGUCUGGCCACUGACAGGGGCUACAAACAUCAAUACCACCAGUACACCAACCUCCCCGGAGAUAUGAAAACCGAAUGGGCUAAAAAAGCAUAUGCUCUUCAAAGUAAUAACCAGUACAAGUCUGACUUGAAUUGGAUGCGAGGUGUUGGAUGGAUAACCAGUGGGUCUUUAAAUGCUGAGCAAGCUAAAAAGGCAGGAGAUCUGUUCAGUGAGAGAAAAUAUCGGCAAUAUCCCAGUGACCUGAAAUUUACAAGCGUUACUGACUCUCCCGAAAUGAUACAAGCCAAGAUUAGCUAUAACCAGGCAGUGGAUAGACUGUACAGAGAAGAUGGAGAAAAUGUAAAACAUCACUACACACUGACAAAGGACCUCCCAGAAAUUCUGCAGGCUAAAACUAAUGCCAUGAACAUCAGUGAGAUUCGCUACAAAGAGGCAUGGAUGAAAUUACAAGAUGGUGGAUAUAAACUACAGUUGGAUGCUAUUCCAUUCCAAGCAGCCAAAGCUUCUCGAGAAAUUAUUAGUGAUAUAAAAUACAGAGAAGCCUUUGAGAAGACAAGAGGUCAGAUGGUUGGAACACAAAAACUGGAGGAUGAUCUGAACAUUUCUCAUUCGGUCCACGCAGGCAGACUCACCAGCGAUCUGAACUACAGGAAAGAUUUUGAGGAGACAAAAAAUGAUUUCCAUCUACCCAUGGAUAUGAUGAACUUUGUCCACGCUAAGAAAGCUCAAGCCUUAGCUAGUGACCAGAACUACAAGAACAUCAUUCAUCAUUACACAACACUACCUAAUGACAUGAAGGUGCUUUGGGCAAAGCGAGCCUAUGAUCUACAGAGUGAGAAUUUGUACAGAUCUGACCUGAAUCUCAUGAGAGGAACGGCUUGGAUUUCAGCCGGGGCGCUGGGGAUUGAAAGGAUGAAGAGGGCGAGUGAACUGAUCAGUGAGAAAAACUAUCGACAACAUCCGCACUCUCUACAUUUUACGCAAGUGACUAAUUCGCCUGAUCUGAUUCAUGCCAAACUCAGUAACAUCAUUGCCAAUGAGCGCUUGUACAGAGCUGCAGGAGAAGAUGCCCGCCAUCAUUACACUGCAACUGUUAGUUCACCGGAAUAUAUUCGGGCAAAGGUUAAUUCAGCAAAUCUCAGUGAGGUGAAAUAUAAACAGUCUUGGUUGAACCAACGAGCUCUAGGAUACAAAUUGACCCUGGAAGCCAUUCCUUUCCAAAGUGCGAAAGCAUCCAGAGAAAUAGCAAGUGAUUAUCAAUACCGGAAUGCUUUUGUCAGGGAGAAAGGAAAACACAUUGGUGCGAGAAGCAUUCUGGAUGACCCCAAGAUGCUACACUGUAUGCAAAUGGGCAAGUUACAGAGCAACAAACUGUACAAGAAAGAAUCACAAGAAAACCAAAGUCGUUUCCACUUAUCGAUGGACAUGGUAAACCUUGUGCAUGCCAGAAAUGCCCAGUCUUUGGCCAGUGGUUUGGGUUACAAGAAGAUGUUCCAUUCAUAUACGAUGCUGCCGAAUGACAUGAAGACACAAUUGGCAAAGAAAGCAUAUAAUCAGCAGAGUGAGAUACAAUAUAAGUCUGAUCUAAGCUUCCUGAGAGGAGCUGCAUGGAUGACACAGGGCUCGCCACAGAUUGAGAUGGUGAAGAAGGCCAGUGAACUUAUCAGUGAGAAAAAGUACAGACAGCAUCCUGAUACCUUGAAGUUUACAAGUGUGACUGAUUCUGCAGACAUCAUCCAUGCUAAGACAAGCUACCUGCAAUGCAGUGAUAGACUGUAUAGAUCUAGAUAUGCGCAGAUGAUGCACAGAUCUACAAUACCACCUGACCAUCCUGAUUUCAAGAGAGCACGAAUCAAUGCCUACAAUAUCAGUGAUAAAGCUUACAAGACAUCUUGGGAACAGUCAAGGGCACUGGGUUACGACCUUAGGCUGGAUGCUAUUCCCUUCCAGACUGCCAAAGCAUCAAGGGAAAUAGCCAGCGAUUACAAAUACAAACGGGCAUUUGUGGAAGAGAGGGGGCAACAGAUCGGGUGCCGCAGUGUUGAUGAUGAUAAAAAAAUGAAGCAUUUACUGGCUGCUAGCAGACUGCAGAGUGCCAAUGAAUACAAGAGAGAGUAUGAGGAAGGUAAAUCCAAGUACCAGCUCCACCUGGACCAGCCUGGUUUUGUACAAGCUAAAAGAAGUCAGGAGCAAGCUAGUAAUAUUAACUACAGGCAGCGCUUGCAUCAAUGGACAUGUGAUGCGGAGCAGCUAAACGUGAAGCAUGCUCGAGAAGCCUACAAACUACAAAGUGAUGUUGCUUACAAAUCUGACCUUAACUGGACCCGUGGGAUUGGUUGGACUCCGCCAGGUUAUCAUAAAGUUGAAAUGGUUAAACUCGCUGCUAACAUGCCCCAUGCAAAAGGCCUGGACACUCUAGAUGCUGCCACUCAGUUGGAACAAUUCACGCAAGCUCAGGCAAACAGGAGUACAGAAGAUUCUCAGCGGACAGAUGUGAUGCCAGAUGCAACUGAGCUACUUCAAGCGAAGAGGUUCAAGAUGAAACUCAAUAAAAAAUAAAAUGCUCACACGACUAAUUGCUGUCCUAGUUUUUAAAUGGCACAUUUUGCCCAACAUUAUAUAUAAGCUACAUUUAAUUUUUAGUCAAAUUUUGCAUACAUAUUUAAUGCACCUUCUGCACUGCAAGGUACUUUUCUUUAAUAAUUUUCUAUUCAUUCAUGGAUUAAACAAUUUUAACAUAAUUUUUAUCUAAUUUUAAAAGUAUGCAUUAAAAAUUAUGAAAGUCUUGAAUUUAA